CCUGAGGUGAGGCCGCGGCUGCUGGGGUCAUGAGGCUGUGGGCGGCAGUGCUGGCCUUGUGGCUGGUGCUAAGGGCUGUGGCCAGGCAGUUGCCCACCUUACCGAGCAUCGUGGAUAAGACCUUCAUUGAGGACUGCGUGCGUGUCCACAACGAGCUCCGCACCACAGUCCAGCCAGCUGCCAGCAACAUGCGGUACAUGACCUGGGAUUCAGCUUUGGCAAGGACUGCGAGGGCAUGGGCAAAUAAAUGCAUUUUUAAACAUAAUGUACACUUAAGUAAGAAACAUCAGUGCCAUCCUAAUUUCACAUCUAUUGGAGAGAAUAUUUGGGCUGGAAGUCAUCAAGCAUUCUCUGUUGCUGAUGCCGUUAAAUCAUGGUACAAUGAGGUCAGAUUCUAUACUAUCGCAACACAGAAAUGUACUAAGGUUUGCAGUCAUUACAUUCAGGUUGUUUGGGACUAUUCAUAUAAAAUAGGCUGUGCUGUUACUCUAUGUAAGGAAGUUGCAGGAAUACAAAAUGCAGCAAAUUUUGUUUGCAACUAUUCACCAAGUGGUAAUUUUCCAAGAAAACCAUAUGUAGAAGGCAAAUCAUGCAGUAAUUGUGCAAAAGGGGACAACUGUGAAAAUAAACUGUGUAGAAAUCCAGAACGUGAUAAAAUUAUCUAUUAUUCAAGAUGGCACCCCCCUUGGGAGUUCAGAAUUGUAUGUGAUGAGGCUUGUAUUGCUCUUGUAGUUUUGAGACCAUUGCUGAUGUUUCUUGCUUUUGUAGCUGUUUAUUUCAUCAAAAAACGCUUUACAAACAUGCAUAUGUCCACCUAACUGGAUUUGAAAGAUACACUAUCUUCUGAAGAUACUUGCUAGUAAAUUAAGCAAAAAAGUCAUACUAACAUGACUUUAAAGACAACUUUCUUUGACAAUAAUUUUGUUGCUAUUAUGUUAUGCUCCUUAAAGCUAACAUGCAAAAAAAAA